UAUGUUGUACUCAAUUUGCGAAUCCGAGAAUGCUUGCGAGCAAUCGUCUGAUACAUCCUUCUUCGACGUUAAAAGUCAAGUGUGUAUCUAUUUAAUUUUUAAGAAUCUUACAUGGUUUGAAUCUGUAAUAUAUUGUAAACAUAAAACUUGGCGUCUUUUUCAACCGAGUGAAUCAAAAUUGACUUCUCUACAAUUACGAGUACCCCUCGUAACUUUAAACAAGUUUUGGAUUGACAUGAAAAAUUUUGCUUUAGAAUGGAUAUCAGAUGGUAAUUCUGUUACCUUCACUAACUGGAAAACUAACUAUCCUGAUGUCGAAAACGAUUGUGUGGCAGUAUCCGGUCAGGAAUGGAUAACCCAAGACUGUUCCCUUAAGAAUUACGUCGUUUGUUCUAAAUUAGCUAAAGAAGUAACAAAAAGUCGUACACAUAUACAAUAUUUAUUGUUAGUCAGAUUGAAUGAACAUGUUAUCACAGGAUCCUUAGAUUACAUUACACAAGAAACUAGUACCUACAUAAAUGAUAAGAAGGAUAAAUUGACAACGUCAGAUCUAAUUGGAUUAUGUGGAGCUUUAUUUAUUGUAAUUUUUACAAUUUCAUUGGUCAUAUUCUUUUUCAUGAAAUUAUCAUAUUUGAAAAAGAACAUUGAAAAAAAGCCUCAAAAAAAUUAUUCAAAUAAUGAAACACAAACUUCGGAUAACUUAUCUCAAGGAAAUGAAUCGGGGAAAAGAUCCAGUCUAGGGGAACCAGAUAAUUUCGUAGAAGAUCCAAUAGUUUUAAAUGAAUCUUAUAAGCCGUCAACUAAACAUUCAAAUGUCAAAUUUCGAGAUGAAAUGCCAAGUAAUGAAAACAUUUAUGGAGAUGUUCCGUUAGAAAAUUUUAAAAUGGAGACAAUAGUUGAAGAGGAAGAUAAUCUUAGAAGUCUAGAUAGUGAUGAUCAGCUAGAUAAUAUAUUCAAUGGUUUUGAAUCAGUCUCAAUCAACGGUUCAGUGACAAAUGAUUAUUAG